AUGCAGGCCUUCUCACCCAAUGGAGGGGUUGUAAGAGUGCAAUCACACUCUAACAUUGUUCCAAUAACCGUUCCCCUCAAACCUAACAACUUCGCAUGGACCCAAUACAAAUCAACUUCUAGGAUCACCCUGAGAUGCAAUUCUCAAACUCAACCAUUUCCAUACGUCUGCGCGCCAAAGUCGCCAAGGAUCUGCUGUUCCAAUGUUGUCCCAGUUCGGUGCAGCAUUUCGUCGAGCGGGUACGGUGCAAAUGAUGGUAGGAGUGUUGGGGAGUGGCUUGUGGUGGCCGGAGAGGUCCUUUCAACGGGAUUCCCGUUGUGGGUUUCGAUUGCGUCUGUUUUGGGGUUGAUGAAACCCGAUUGCUUCAACUGGGUCACUCCCAAAUUAAGCAUCGCGGGGCUCAACAUCAUCAUGUUGGGGAUGGGUAUGACUCUCACUCUUGAUGAUCUUCGUGGGGUUCUUGCCAUGCGUAAGCAAGUACUCUCAGGUUUUUUCAUUCAGUAUUCGGUUAGUGAUGCCACUGUCUGCAUUUCUUAUAAGCAAACUCUUAAAUCUUCCAUCACAUUCCGCAGCAGGUUUGAUAUUACUUGGAUCAUGACACCUUUUCUGACAACCAAACUCGCUGGCAAAUAUGUAGCAGUGGAUGCACCUGCCUUAUUGAUUUCAACAUUGCAAGUUGUGUUUGUUCCUGUGUUGGCUGGUGCAUUUCUGAACCAGUUUUUCCAACCUAUUGUUAAAUCUGUGUCUCCAUUGAUGCCACCCAUUGCUGUAACGACUGUAGCAAUUUUAUGUGGAAAUGCUAUUGCCCAGAGUUCUUCUGCAAUGCUUGUGUCUGGUGGACAAGUUAUGUUAGCCACCUUCCUUCUUCAAGCUUCCGGCUUUUUCUUUGGCUACGUAUUCGCAAGAUUGCUUGGGAUAGAUCUGUCAUCAUCACGAGCCAUAUCUGCUCAGGUUGGCACCAAGAACGGUGUUCUGGCUAUUGUUCUUGCUACAAAGCACUUUGGAGAUCUCCUAACUGCAGUACCCGGUGCUGUUUCCAUCGCAAACCAGGCAAUUGUUGGUAGUAUUCUUGCAGGAAUUUGGAGACGCUCUGUGCGAUGA